AUUCCACAUUUCGACAGAUCAAAAACCAAUCCAGAAAAACACAAACUAACAACCAUAGAUUAAACGGAAGGCCAAAACCAAUUUGGAAGUUUUAUUUAGCAGGAUAAGGAAAAGGGCCCCUCCUUCCUUAAAUUUCUAAUUUCAUCACAAUUCCCCAAUUUCCCUCUCUCAAAUCCCUAAUUUCAUCUUCAACAAAUCUCUAAAUUCCCCAAAAUUCCAAAAUGCAGAGCACAUCAGAAGCAAAUCAGCGGAUUGCCAGAAUCGCAGCUCAUCUUCAUCCCCCAAAUUUCCAGAUGAUGGAGGGAAAUUCGAGCAUUGGGAAGAUGAAUUGCAGGGCAAAAGGAGCAGCACCUGGAUUUAAGGUGGCAAUUCUUGGUGCAGCUGGUGGAAUUGGUCAACCUCUUUCUAUGUUGAUGAAGAUGAACCCUCUUGUUUCUGUUCUUCAUUUAUAUGAUGUCGUUAAUACUCUUGGUGUUACCGCUGAUAUCAGUCAUAUGGAUACUGGUGCUGUGGUGCGUGGUUUUGUGGGGAAAGACAAAUUGGAUGAGGCCUUAACAGGCAUGGACCUUGUCAUUAUUCCAGCUGGGGUUCCAAGAAAACCAGGGAUGACAAGGGAUGAUUUAUUCAAAAUCAAUGCUGGAAUUGUUAAGACAAUCUGUGAAGGAAUUGCUAGAUCCUGUCCUAGAGCAAUUGUCAACUUGAUCAGUAAUCCUGUGAAUUCUACAGUUCCAAUUGCCGCUGAGGUUUUCAAGAAGGCCGGUAUAUACGAUCCAAAGCGCUUGCUUGGUGUCACAAUGCUUGACGUUGUCAGGGCCAACACUUUUGUGGCAGAAGUUUUGGGACUUGAUCCUAGAGAGGUAGAUGUUCCCGUGGUUGGAGGCCAUGCUGGUGUUACAAUCCUUCCACUCUUAUCCCAGGUUAAGCCUCCAUGCAGUUUUACUCCUGAAGAAAUCAAUUACCUGACAGACCGCAUCCAAAAUGGUGGAACAGAAGUUGUUGAGGCAAAAGCUGGGGCUGGAUCUGCAACCCUUUCAAUGGCCUAUGCUGCUGUUAAAUUUGCCGAUGCCUGCCUUAGAGGUUUGAGAGGAGAUGCUGGUGUUAUUGAAUGCUCUUUUGUGGAAUCUCAGGUGACUGAAUUGCCAUUCUUUGCAACAAAAGUAAGGCUUGGUCGCAGCGGAGCCGAGGAGAUUUUCCCACUUGGCCCUCUAAAUGAAUAUGAAAGGGCUGGUUUGGAAAAGGCGAAAAAAGAGCUGGCAGUGAGCAUUGACAAGGGUGUGUCCUUCACGAGGAAUUGAAACUCAUAAUACGGGCAAACUUAUAGCUGGUGAUUCUCUUGUUUGUCAAAUGUAUUUGAAAAAUUGUCAUAUAAUCUGAUAUGAUCGUUAGACAUUCAGGAGAAUGAUAGUUUCUUUUCUCUUUUACAUCGAAAUACUAGAUCCAUAUUUUACUUGUGUUAGGGUUUCUUACCUCCUUUCUUGUAAUCUUUCAUCUACUGUAUAAGACUUUGUAGCUCAUAGUGUACAGAAAAUGACGUAAAUCCUGUUGUUAAGUGAGCUAUCAGAAAUCUGAAAAUAAAUGUGGCUGUGAAGUCCAUCUCAAA